GAAGUGGCUGGUGGCUCGGCGGGGGUGGGGACGAGCCAUGGCGUCCAUCCUGGACGAAUACGAGGACUCGUUGUCCCGCGCCGCCAGCCUGCCGCCCGGCCGCGCCAGCGUCGGCAUCCCGCACUCAGGAUAUGUGAAUGCCCGGUUGGAGAAGGAAACCCCGAUAUUUAACAAGCAGAGAAUAGAUUUCACUCCUCCAGAGAAAAUUAACAGUCUAGUGGUCUCCUGUAACCAGCUCUGCAUGAGUCUUGGCAAAGACACACUUCUAAGGAUUGAUCUUGGCAAGCCAGAUGAACCUAAUCAGGUAGAGUUGGGACGCAAGGAUGAAGCCAGAGUCUACAAGAUGUUUUUGGACCACACAGGUUCUCACCUCUUGAUUGCAUUGAACACCAGUGAAUGCCUCUAUUUGAACAGAAAUGCUCAGAAGGUGCGGACACUGUCCCGCUGGAAGGGUCAUUUGAUCGAAAGCGUGGGCUGGAACAAGUUCCUGGGUACAGAAACUAACACUGGCCCUAUCCUGGUGGGGACAGCCCAUGGCCAAAUAUAUGAGGCUGAGAUCUCUGUCAGUGAGGGGAGCCUCUUCAGCACUAACCCUGACCAGUAUUUCCGCCAGGUUUAUACAUUGGAGGAGGAGACUGGGCCUGUUCCUGUCUGCUGUUUGGAGAUAGAACGUGGGAUUGAUGGGAAGUAUUUUAUCAUUGCCACCACUCACAAGAGGCUCUUCCAGUUUGUUGGCAAGGUAGCUGAAGGGACGGAACAGCAAGGCUUCAGCUCCAUAUUUGCCAUACAUCCAGACCACUUGCCAAGCUUCCGGGAGUUCCCAGCCAGCUUUGGCUAUAGUGAAAUAGCAUUUUACACCCCAAAGCUACGCUCCUCUCCCCGCUGCUUUGCCUGGAUGAUGGGAAAUGGUGUCUUGUAUGGUUUGUUGGACUAUGGGCGGCCUGACUCUAUUCUGAGUGAAGAACGGGUCUGGGUAUAUCCUUCUGACAUAGAUGUGACAAUUAAUAAGCCAAUCUCCAUUGUGCUCACCCAGUUCCAUUUCCUGCUGCUUCUGCCUGACAGAGUGACAGCAGUGUGCACACUAAAUGGGCAGGUAGUCUUCCAGGAUGUGUUCUUGGAAAAAUUUGGCUCACUGAAGCACAUGAUCAAAGAUCCAACAGUUGGGCAGAUCUGGAUCCACACAGAGAAAGUUGUGUUUCGCUAUCAUGUACAACGGGAGUCUAGAGAUGUGUGGAAGAUGUACAUGAACAUGAACAAAUUUGAUUUGGCCAAAGAGUAUUGCAAAGACCGGCCUGAGUGCCUGGAUAUUGUGUUGGCAAAAGAGGCAGAACACUGUUUCCAGAACAAGAAGUACCUGGAUAGCGCCAAGUGUUAUGCCCUUACACAGAACUACUUUGAGGAAAUUGCCCUUAAGUUCAUCGAAGCCAAACAAGAAGAGGCAUUGAUGGAGUUCCUGCUCAAGAAACUGGCGAGCUUGAAGCACUCUGAGAAGACCCAGACAACUCUGUUGACCACUUGGCUAACAGAGCUGUACCUGAAUUGGCUGGGUGUGCUGGAGGGUGAUGCCUCAAAAAGGCACCUCUAUUUGGAGACCCGUGAGAGGUUUCGUACCUUCCUAAUCAGCCCCAAAAACAAAGAAUGUCUAUUUAAUAACCGUGCAUCUAUUUAUGAGUUGCUGGCAAGUCAUGGGGAUACGGAACACAUGGUCUACUUUGCUGUUAUUAUGCAGGAUUAUGAGCGAGUGAUAGCCCAUCACUGCCAGCAUGAAGAGUAUGAUGAAGCCCUAAACGUACUGUCCAGACAUAGAGAUGAAAAGCUGUUUUACAAGUUCUCUCCAGUUCUGAUCCAGCACAUCCCCAAGAAGGUUGUUGAUGCUUGGAUAUCCAUGGGUAUAAAACUAGAUGCAAAGAAGCUUAUACCUGCUCUUGUCAAUUAUAGUCAGAGUGGGAGCACACAACAGAUCAAUGAAGCUAUUCGGUAUAUGGAGUUUUGUGUGUAUGAAUUGGAGGAAACUGAGCAAGCUAUUCACAACUACUUAUUGUCUCUUUAUGCUCUGUGUCGGCCAGACUCCCUGCUGUCAUAUCUAGAACAAACUGGGACCAGUCCCAGUAGGAUCCACUAUGAUCUGAAGUAUGCGCUUCGGCUCUGUGCAGAGCAUGAGCACCACCGAGCUUGUGUCCAUAUAUACAAAGUGAUGGAAAUGUAUGAGGAGGCAGUGGAUCUGGCUUUGCAGGUGGAUGUGGAUCUGGCCAAGUCCUGUGCAGACCUUCCUGAAGAGGAUGAGGAGCUCCGGAAAAAGCUGUGGCUGAAAAUUGCAUGCCAUGUAGUUCAAGAAGAGAAGGAUGUGAAGAAAGCCAUGGCCUGCCUCUCCAGCUGCAACCUGCUGAAAAUCGAAGAUGUCCUGCCAUUCUUCCCAGACUUUGUCACCAUUGAUCAUUUCAAGGAGGCUAUCUGCAACUCUCUGGAGGACUACAACAAGCAUAUUGAGGAGCUGAAGAGAGAGAUGGAGGAAGCCACACAGAGUGCCAAAAGGAUCCGGGAGGAUAUCCAGGAAAUGAGAAACAAAUAUGGCUCUGUAGAGCCUCAGGAGAAGUGUUCUGUCUGUGACUUUCCCCUCCUAAAUCGCCCAUUCUACCUUUUCCUUUGUGGCCACAUGUUUCACUAUGACUGCCUUCUUCAGGCGGUUUAUCCAAACCUGCCUGCCUACAAACAAGCUAAGUUAGAAGACCUUCAGAAGAAACUGGCAGCCACAAGCCAGCCCUCCAAAGCUCACCAUCGCCCAAAGGACACAGAUGCCACUAGUUUAGGGAAGGGGCAGCAGAGUCGGGAACAGAUCAAGGCUGACAUUGAUGAUAUUGUGGCAGCUGAAUGCGUGUUCUGUGGGGAGCUGAUGAUCCGGUCUAUUGACAAGCCUUUUAUUGAUCCACAAAAGUAUGAAGAGGAGAAGCAAAGUUGGCUGUAGGAUCACACGGUUCUUGAUUAUGACUGCACAAAAGCAGUACUGUAGGUCAUGUUUGCUGGUGAAGUUUGUAUAUUUGGGAACUAACCUCCAUAAGUCUGAAAACAAAUAGAUUCUAUAGCGUUCUAAAGGGAAAACAGCUUGUUAACCAGGACAUCAUAAAUUAGUCCUGUAGGAUGGUGUGAGAAAUGGUCACAGUUGUCUAAGAAUUGGAAGAUUAACUUUUUCUGGCUUCUCUGAAGCUGGUCUUCAGCUUGCCACUUACUGUUUAUGUGCAGUCCUUGGCAUAAAGUUAAUGGAGUGCCUCACUGCCCAGGGAGAACUGGGAACAGUUUUGGUUUCUCAUCCUAUUCAGUUGGUCUGCCUGCCUGUCUUCCUGUUCUUUUAGCAUUCAUGUUGAUAAAGCCUGGAGUGAGGGGAAAAUCAGUGGGGGGAGUGCUUAAGGUGUGGAUUUCAUUCAUCACUUUCAGAUUUGGAGUUGCUUUUGUAUGUCUGUGUACUGGAAAAAAAUGUAAAAAGGAGAAAGUAGACCUAAUCUCUCUCACAUCUGUAAAUGUCAUGUCACACAAAUAUACAUUUUUGCACAGUAACAUAGGAAUAUAAAAGAUAAUUCUCAAGCAGCAGUAUCUCAAAAGAUGCUUCUCUGUCCCUUUCUUGUAUUUUGGGGGUGUUGGUUUCUACCAGUUUCCCACAGUUGUUGAAUAAGUCCGCACAAGGAACUCUUCCCUGGGGUCCCUUCACUUUGUUUCCAGCUUCCGUGCAUUGGUUCAUUUAAUACCUACAUCAGGACAUUUCCAUAACUCCCUGUUUUGGUUCCAGCUUGACUGAAGUGCAAUAUUUGUAGAAGAUAACCUACUACAACAGUUUAUGGUAUCUUGCAGGGAGCAGUACUGGAACACCACAAUGGAAGUCAAGCAAUAGGUACCUCUAAGGACAGACCACAGCACAUCUUAGUGGUCAAUGUUGUCCACUGAAGCAGGUACCUGGUAGUCUGAAAAAUGUGCUGUUGGGUAAUUUAUUGCCUUCAUGGUUAAAUUUAGUACUUCUGAAAUGAGUGUUUCUUGGAUGCUGCUCAGAGGUAGCAGAUGGUUUUGUCCUUAAGUGGUGAGGAUGAUUACACUUGAAAUGCAAUCAGCGGGGACUCAUCACAACAUAAAUCUUAGGUCUCUAGUUCCUUGUAAUGGAAGUAAAUGUCUCAUGAAGCUUAUUGGCUGGGGCUAGCCAUAGAGAAAAGAUUUUGCAGGAGCAACACUCAGAUUUUCUAAAGUGAUGUUCAGUAUCUAGCAUCUCAGUAAAGAAGCAAUAUUUAAAAAAAAAAAAAAAGCUCUCAGCCUGCUUGCUAUCCUUUUGCACUGCUUAUGUGACUAAAGACCUGGGCUGUUGUGUCAUUUAAAAAGAAUAUAAAAUAAAUUCUCUUCCAUGAGUCAUUGGUGAUCCCACCUGGUUCCUAUAGAGUUUCUCCAUUUCUGAUAAGAUCUUUUCUAACCGAAGGCUUCAACCUGCAGUUUAGUUUUAUCUGUAUAAACUUGACAGGAAAACUAAUGAAAUGCAGAGCGGGCAGUAGUAAAAAGAUCUGUUUCUUAGAAAGAUUUCUUUUCUUUUUACUACUGUAGCUAUUGACUAGCCAGUUUCAUUACUGCCUGUUGUUAGUAGGGGUUGCUGCCGUACCAGCUCAGAAAUCACUUGCUGAAAUCUUCCUUCUGUUCUGUUGCUCUGAAUUGCCUUUUGACUUGAGUGAACUAAUGUCUAUACCAGAAGGCUUUUAUGAUGAAGACACCUGAGGUAUGCCUCGUUUGUUGAAUGUUAUGUCUUUGAAAUUCAACAUUAAACCUUCUUGUUACGAUCAGA